CACUGGCACUGGCAGUGAGUCUGAGUAGUUUGCUACUCACCACAUCCUUUUUUGCUUCUACUGCUUGGCCGCCUUGGCCCCUUCCACUUGUGGGUUGUUGUUGCUGAAUUGGAGUUUCCAUUGUUUUUCGCUCUAACUUGUUACCGUACUCCGUAGUUCUAAAUAUUUUUGUUCCUUUUGCAGCGAGAGCUUGCUGCUGCCGACCACAAAAUGUACACACCCUUGGAUGGAGUUAAUGUGACCGAGUUGAAGGAUUAAGAUCCCAGCAAUACUGAUUUACAUUUUAAGAGGCAAACAAGGUUGUGUUCACAAAUAUUUGAAGCUUAGAUUUCAGAAAAAUAUUAAUACAAUACUUUAAAAAUAACAUGCAAAAUAAAUAAGGAAAUAAAUUGAUAAUACAGAAUUGUCUACCAGACUUUUCAAAUAGUUUUCUUGUUCUUAUUCCAAGAUGGCAGCGCCCAUGAAGCUUGUUGUUAAGUGGAGUGGUCAAGAAUAUGAAUUUACCGAAGUUUCUGGUACUGAUACAGUAAAAGAUUUGAAAGAAGCAAUUCAUGAGAAAACCGGGGUAUUACCGCAGCGGCAGAAAAUUCUUGGAUUGAAGUUUAAAGGCAAACCACCCGGAGACGAUGUCCAAUUAUGUGCCCUCAACAUCAAGCCCAACACAAAGAUUAUGAUGAUGGGGACUCGGGAGGAGACGAUCAUCGCAGCCAAUGCCAAGCCCACUGAUAUUGGUGAAGUGGUGGAUGACUUUGACAUUGAGGAUGAAGAAGUGGCUACUGAAAAUAGGGAAGAAUAUUUGCAGAAAGUGGAGCAUCGGGUCAGGAAAUAUGAGAUUAAAGUUGUGAACCAGUCCAGACCGGGAAAGAAACUCCUUGUACUAGAUGUGGAUUACACAUUCUUUGAUCACAGGUCCAUUGCUGAGAAUGCCUUGGAACUGAUGAGACCUAACCUCCAUGAAUUCCUUACUUCAGCCUAUGAAGACUAUGACAUUGCUAUCUGGUCUGCCACUAAUAUGAAAUGGAUUGAGGUAAAGAUGAGAGAACUAGGAGUUGCUGAGAAUCCAAACUACAAGAUAGCAUUCAUGGUAGACAGCCGAGCUUGCAUCACUGUACAUACCCAGAAAUAUGGUAUUAUCGAGACGAAACCCCUGGGUGUGAUUUGGGGUAAAUAUGAGCAAUACAACCCCAAGAACACCAUCAUGUUUGACGAUCUGCGUAGAAACUUCUUGAUGAAUCCUCAAAAUGGAUUAAAGAUCCGUCCUUUCCGGGAGGCCCAUAAGAACCGGUACCACGACAAGGAACUCAUGAAACUGGCCAAGUACCUCCGCGAUAUUGCACCCCUCGAUGAUUUCAGCCAUCUCAACCACAGGCACUGGGAGAGAUAUAAACCGCCAUCAACAUGAUCUUAUAGAAUGGAAUUGGGAAUGAUCAUUCAUUAUGCUUUCAAUUGAGGACAUUAACCAGAGGAUAUGGUGCAGAAACAUAGCUGUUGACUUUAAAAUCAUGUGUCUGUUUUCUCCGUCCACCGAAGGUGGUUUCCAGAAAUAUUAUUUUGGAUCAUCUGUUUGUAUCGUUUUCGUUCUUGCAAUAACUUUAAAAACUGUUUGGCAGAUCAACUUUUUUUGUGUCUCAUGUCAAGAACUGUUUGACGAAUCAUCUGCCAAGAACAUGGCUGAAUUCACAUGGUGAUAAUAAUCUGAUCAGGUUUGAGGUCGAAUGUUGCAAUGAUUUGGAAUCAUUUCAUGUAUGAAUCCAAUUUAAACCUACAAUGUAGCUCCUCUAUCCUUAUUAGAUAGUAGUAAUGACUUCUCAAAAGAAUAUGAAAGUUAAAAAAAUUGAAAUGAAUAGUGAAAUGUAUUAUUUGGCAAUUGUGGAGUGUUAGAAGUGUUGUAUCUGACAGACAAUAAGAACUCACUUUUGAUAUUUUUAUGAUUCAGCCCCCUCUCCAUUUUCUGCAAUUGAACAAUGGUUAAGAAUUAGACUGAAUCAGUCACAUUCUUAAGAAGACAGUGUCUCUGACCCUGUUUCUCAAAGUUUGUUAAUCAAUUGAAAGUGACAAGUUUCUGUUACAAGCUACUGAAAUUCUGCAACUUUGUUAGCAAAGAACAAAAUAGUAAUCGACUUCUGGUAUUUAACAAGUUUGUGAAACAGAAGCCUGAUGCAUAUUGUCACAAAGUGAUGACUUGUCAGUCGAGGGACUGGUUGCAGAAAGAGGUGCAAUUGAACGCAACUCAAGAAAUCACUCCCAACUUUUUUGUCAGUUGCGUUUAAAUGAAAGUCUUUCUACAAUGGUUCUCAGAUGAUAUUUUUAGAGAUUGAUUUAAUAAUUUUACCAUUAUUUGGACAUGUUAUAUUUGGCUGUAUACUUUGCGCAUUUCAUAAUGGAACUAGAAAAUAUAAUUUUGCUACAUCCAUUUUCAGCCAUUUUGAAACGUGCAAUUAUUUAUUCAAAUUACUGCCCUCUGUUUGAUAAACUGCUUCCUGCGACGCUUGCAGUUUCAUGAUCAUGUAUUUUCACACUAAUCUAUUUUGCAAAGUAAAACCCUUUGCUUGCUGGAUCAGCUCAGAAGGGAAAAUACCGACUAAUGUUUUUUUGUUCUGAUAUUUCCGUUGUAUUUUGCUUUCCUCAAUGCACCAAUGAUACUGACAGUUAUUUUGUAGAAUAUAGUAAAGAAUUGUAACUAUCACUAUGCAGGUACAAAGAUAAAGGAAUAAACUCAUUAUUACAGUUGAGUUUAAUUGUACCAAUGUACACUUGAUCCAACUUGGAUAGGCCUUAUUUGACUGUCUAGUUAUCACAUUUCAUAGUUAAAAUGCUCAAGAAAAAAGUUCUUAUUCGAAUCUGUUUAAUUGCCUGCUGUCUAGAUUCUCAACAGUUCUCAUUGUGGCCCAGUGGAUUAGUCUACAGACUUUGAAACAGAAGGUUGGUGGUUCAAAUCUCAGGUAUUUGUAGUUUCCUUCAGCAAGAAAUUGAUCCAUAUUGUCUUGAAGACUUGAACUCGACCCAGGCAAGUUGAAUGGGUACAUGGCAGGAAUUAAUUCCUUGAAAUGCUUGUGUGCUGUCCUUUGGAAGUGCAUAGAAUUGUUAUAUCAUGAUAUGCGCUUUACAAUGAUUAUUAUCAUUAUCAUUAUUAUUAUUAUUAUUAUUGCCCAUAUAAUGCAAAUAACUGCAUUUUUCUAAAAGUCUGAGGAUAAUAGUAAUGCUUGUUUUGCUCGAUGGUGACGCUGGUUGGUUAUAUGACUUCGAACAGUCAAACACUGCAUUUUGGGGUUUAGGGUUGUAAGCCAUGGAAUUUUUGUAAAUUAAUCACUUUUCAUUGUAAAUAUUUUCAAAAUGAAUUUAGCGAAAUCCUUGAUAAUAAAUAUUCACUUGUGAUAAGAAUAUUAUAA